ACGCCGACGAUGUUGAUUAACGGCGACGGAGAAUUCAAUGAAUCGGCGUUGGACUUUACCCAAGGCGGAGGUGCCUCUAUUGCGGUGGUUGCCAUCAUGGGGCCGCAGAGCAGUGGAAAAAGUACUUUACUGAAUCAUCUAUAUGAUACAAACUUUAAGGUGAUGAAUGCACAGACUGGAAGGUGCAAGACAACCAAGGGAAUAGAGAUAGCAAAAGCUCCGCAUAUGCAACCGCUAACGCUGGUGCUAGAUUUGGAGGGUACAGAUGGUCGAGACAAGGGAGAGGAUGAUAGAACAUUUGAGAAGCAAGGCGCCUUGUUCGCUCUAGAAGUUGCUGACACUGUCCUCAUAAACAUGUGGGGCAAAGAUAUUGGGCUGGAGCAAGCUGCAAAUAGGCCUCUUUUGAGAACCAUUUUUCAGGCUAUACGGCCCUUCUCAAGUGAAGAAACAAGUCCUCGAAAAACAACUCUCAUCUUUGUUGUACGCGACAAACCUAAAGAGACCCCGCGCGAACUAUUGGUGCAACAUUUGGAGGAUGAUCUUAAGAAGAUUUGGGAAGCAGCUCGAAAGCCCAAGGGCCACGAGCACACCCCUUUCGGAAAUAGAUUCAGUAUGGAGGUUGCCGUGUUGCCCAGCUAUGAGUACAGGAGAGCUGAGUUUGAUCAAGAGGUGAACAAACUCAAACAGCGAAUAGUUUCGUCCCAUCAGAGAGGGUAUAAUAAUUAUCGCCCUUCAUUAAGAACUUUUGUGAGUGGUGCCAAGACAACAUGGGAUAUGAUCAAAAAAAAUAAGGACCUCCAAGUUCCACCUGUUGGGGUUAUGUUUGCCACAAUGCGGUGUGAAGAAAUUGUUUAUCGACAGCUGAGGCUCUUACAAUCUCACCAGGCUUGGUUAGAAUUACAACAAAAUGCAAAAAACCAACUCGUGAAGGACUUCGGUAAAAGAACAAGCUUAAUCUUGGAUGCAUCUCUCUCCAAAUAUGAUGAGGAAUCUAUGAAUUUAGAAGAGAAUGUGACAAAAGAUAAACGCCAAUUCUUGAUGUCAGAAGCACUAAAGGUGGUCCAUCCUGCUUAUAUGCAUACGUUGGGUCAUAUACGUUCCGAGGCAAUGCAAAGCUUCAAGACUCAAAUAAAAAAAAGUGGAAUAGAUUUUUCUAAAUCUGCAGUUGGGAAAUGCCGUAAAUCUUGUGAGCUUCAGUUUACUCAGCAAUGUUCAGAAUAUGCUGCCAUAAAGCAGGCAAAUUGGAAGGAUGAUGUUUCAAGUGUGCAACAAGAACUUCUUCGUGGAAUUAAAGAAUAUGCACAAUAUCAGCAACGGGAGCAACUUUCAAUGGGUCUUACUGCAGAAAUGGACAAAUCAAAACUUAGGGAUCAUCCCAACAAGGUAUGGGGUUGUAUUAGAAAAGUGAUAAAGAGAGAGUGUGAAAGUGCUGAAUCCACCGCUGUUGAUAUAUUUGGAGCGGAUAAGGAAGAAGUUGGCCGAAUCGUAGCUGAUUUAAAGCAACACGGUGCAAACAGGGUGGAGGCCUAUUUCAAAGAUGAAUCUCGCUAUGUCGCCACGCUCAUUAGAGAAAGGUUCAUCAUCGAUUUAAUUGCCCCCGAGUCCCCGACUUCUGAGCAGAAGAAGAAGGCAUACCGUCAGUGUUUGGAUAUCUUGUCCACAAUGGCUGUAAUACGUCUAGAUGAGAAAUACGACGACGUUGAAAGACUGCUACAUUCUGGCCUCAUAGAUGGCGAUCAGAUUUCAACAUAUUCUCUUUCUUCAACCACAUGGGAAAAGGUCCCUUCAGAAAAGACUUUGAUCACUCCAACUAAAUGCAGAGAUAUCUGGGGAAAGUUUAAACUAGACAUGGAGCUUUUUCUCGCCAACGAUAAAUUGUAUCGAGAGGAGCAACGUGAGAAGGAGAAGGGCCUUUCGAAAAAAGAGAAGAAGAAAUUAGACGGGUGGUCGUCACUGCCUACUUGGAUAACUGUGGGAUUGUUGUCUCUCGGCACCGCUACACUUGUUGCUCUUGCUAUCAGUCACCCGCCGGCCACCGCACCCUUAAUUGCUUUAGCUGCCACAUUAGCAACGACAGCAGGGACUUUAAUUGUCUGUCAAGAGACAUAUAAACGAAUUGACACUAACGAGAAUGUUGAAAAGAGUGAGAUCUUGAAAGAUCCCAAGAUAAUGGAAGCUUUACAGAAUAAUCUGAAUGGGGUAUAUGCGUCCCUCUAUAAAAUGUAACAGAUUCAGCUGUUAAGAUCGCAACUUAAAUUUAGAAAUCGUGGAAAUGUUUGUUAGAGUUUUUGAGUAUUUUAUAUGGAGUCUGCUAUUUUUCCUAGUUGUUCAAAUAAGAAGUAUCGGGUACUCUUUUUCCUACCUGACCUCAGGAGGUUUUAACGAGGCCUGACCUGUAAUAACUCGUGGAUCUUUGUUGUCUUUUUGUUCUUUUGUGUGUAUAACUCUGUUAACGUUUUGAUGAGUGUGUCUUCUUUUGUCUACGACUUUAAUACGACGAAUGUCUUAUUUU